CCGCACUGGGGCUGCGCGCUGCCCCCGAGUGCGGCGGAGCGGGGGUCUGGGUCCGAGCUCGGCAGCCGCUGCCACAGCCCUUUCCUGCUCCGGGUCGUUUGCGGCCCCCAGGAGACCGUUGGAAGAAGGGGGCGGCCGGGCAACCGUCACGAAUUCUCCCAGCGGCUCGAAAUCCCCGCCCCGUGGGUCUCUGCGUCUCCUUGGCGACGCGCUGCGCAGUACGACUGCGCAACGCUGACGUCACGUGGGCCGGGGGGGGCAGAGGUGUUUUGGUUCUCGCCGCUCGCCGUCCUUCGCGGAGUCGGGAGUAGAAAGCUUCUGGUUCCUGUCUUCUCUUCCCCUUUCUCGCCCCCUUUCCGCGGCUCCCUCUCUCCUUCCCUCCCGUCUGCUUCUCGUUUUCCUACUGCUGCCCCGGGGCCGGGCCAUUUUCCGGGCCGGGCGCACCGAAGCGCGCGGCCCCGGGGCCCCGUGUAUGACCCGCUGCCCUACCAGCCCUCGCCUCCCCCGCCCCAUGAGGCUGCGGGGCCGCGGCGGCGCUGCCCACUAUGGCCCGGAAAGCAGUUAGCAGGAAGCGGAAAGCGCCUGCCUCGCCCGGAGCUGGGAGCGACGGCCAGGGUCCGCAGUUUGCCUGGGAUCAUUCGCUUCACAAAAGGAAAAGGCUCCCCCCAGUGAAGAAAUCCUUGGUGUAUUACCUGAAGAGCCGGGAAGUCAGGCUACAGAGUGAAACCAGCUAUUGUCGAGUGUUGCACGGUUAUGCAGCACAGCAACUUCCCAGUCUCCUCAAGGAGAGAGAGUUUCAUCUUGGGACCCUUAAUAAAGUGUUUGCAUCUCAGUGGUUGAAUCACAGGCAAGUGGUGUGUGGAACAAAGUGCAACACGCUGUUUGUAGUGGAUGUUGAGACAAGCCAGAUCACCAAGAUCCCCAUUUUGAAGGACCGGGAGCCUGGAGGUGUGACCCAGCAGGGUUGUGGCAUCCAUGCGAUUGAGCUGAAUCCUUCUAGAACGCUGUUAGCCACCGGAGGAGACAACCCCAACAGCCUUGCCAUCUACCGGCUGCCCACACUAGAUCCUGUGUGUGUGGGAGAUGACGGACACAAGGACUGGAUCUUUUCCAUUGCAUGGAUCAGCGAUACUAUGGCAGUGUCUGGCUCACGCGACGGUUCUAUGGGACUCUGGGAGGUGACCGAUGACGUGUUGACCAGAAGCGAUGCAAGGCACAGUGUGUCACAGGUCCCUGUGUACGCUCACAUCGCUCACAAGGCCUUGAAGGACAUCCCAAAGGAGGACACAAACCCUGACAACUGCAAGGUCCGGGCUUUGGCCUUCAACAGUAAGAACAAGGAACUGGGAGCAGUAUCUCUGGAUGGCUACUUUCAUCUCUGGAAGGCUGAAAACACAUUGUCCAAGCUCCUCUCCACCAAACUGCCGUACUGGCGGGAGAACGUGUGUCUGGCCUAUGGCAGUGAAUGGUCAGUAUAUGCAGUGGGCUCCCAAGCUCAUGUCUCCUUCUUGGAUCCACGGCAGCCCUCAAACAACGUCAAGUCUGUGUGCUCCCGGGAACGAGGCAGUGGGAUCCGGUCAGUGAGCUUCUAUGAGCACAUCAUCACCGUGGGCACAGGGCAGGGCUCCCUGCUCUUCUAUGACAUCCGAGCCCAGAAAUUCCUGGAAGAGAGGCUCUCAGCCUGUUGUGGGUCCAAGCCCAGGCUAGCCGGGGAAAAUCUGAAACUAACCACUGGCAAAGGUUGGCUGAACCAUGACGAAACCUGGAGGAACUACUUUUCGGACAUCGACUUCUUCCCCAACGCCGUCUACACCCACUGCUAUGACUCGUCCGGAACGAAGCUCUUCGUGGCAGGAGGCCCCCUCCCAUCAGGGCUGCAUGGGAACUACGCUGGGCUCUGGAGUUAAUGACCGCCGACUUCUCCCAGAAUGCAGAUUUACACUAACAUCCGCCCUCUGUUCCUCCCUCUUCGGAUUUGCUUUUCCCCCGUUGUGUGAGGCUCUUCUGUUUUAGUGGAAGCACCACGUUUGCCAGUGGCUUAAGCACCCAAUAGGAAGACAGUUUGUACAGAAACCCAGAGGGUGUUUCUUACUGGUUUUUUUUCUUCUUUUUCCAUCUGCUACUCUGUUUUAUUGUCACUUUUUUCCUUUCUAACUUCUCUACCAAACGUCAAAAGUCUUGUUUGUAUUUUUCCUUAAGUGACACAUCCUCUUCCCUCUUUGGCUUCAUUCAGCUGAAAUGACAUGGUCAUUCUCACCCUUACCUCGCUCUUAAGAGGUGGGGUCCUUUAUAAUUACGAGGUAGCUGUCAGACUUUCUGUGAAAGCCUGGGAGCUGUGUGUGUGCGCGCGCGUGUGCGUGUGAACUUGUGUGCCUGUAGGUACUGUGUCACUGAAGUUACCUGGAGUGAGGAGUACUUGUAAUUAAAAUAUUUAUAAAAGAAACAACUUUAUUCAGAGUCCAGCUUUGGGGCUAGUCUCUAUCUUGUUUUCUAAAGUCUAACAACAUGAUAGUAGAAAGUAAAGCCAGAAAAAAGUCACUACUGGUAAUACUCUGAGUUAGAAUUCAGAGUGCUUGGGGAUUUCCACGCCAGGACUCUAGUGAUCUACGCCCUCCUGCUUCACACCCGUGUGUCCCCAAGAGAGUGCGCUUCGGUGUACUCACAGCUUGAUGAGGCUCAGCCAGGGGUCAGUCGCUUCCGCUCGCACCCUCCCAUCUGUUUAGUGGCCAUUUCUCUAAAACAUUAUUAAUGCAGCUUUGGAGGCUGUAGAAAGAUUUGGCAAAGAGAGUAGCAGCCCACGCUUAGGAGGCUGAGGCAGGAUUGUUGCGAGUUCGAGACCAGCCUGGGCUACAAAGUGAGCUCAAGGCCAGCCUGAACUGCAUAGUGAGACCCUGUCUCAAAAAGACCAAAAAAAAAGAGAAUUGCAUCCCAGUCUUCCUCUCCCUACCCUCAAGUAAGACACAGCUGGGGGCAGUGGGCAGAUCUCAAGUGUGUGAAGAUUCCCGUGCAUAGUCCUCUUAGCUUUGAGCAGAAACUUCUCUACCGUUCUUCCAGUCUCCCCGUGGGUUUUGCUGCUGUCUUCUAAGUGGGGUUCAGUGCAGGAGCGGGGGUAUCUGUGUGUAGUGAGUGCUUCAUGUGUGGAGUGUUUGUUUUCUCGACGCUGCAGAGCUUAGGGCUGGAGUCAUCUCCCCUGUUGGCGCAGCCCCGGUGUGGUGAGGUGGCCUGCAACCAGCGUGGUGUGUGGAGCACCAUCGGUACGGUAGUGACAUGUCUGUGCCUCCCUGAACUGUGUAGUCUGCGGUUUUUAAACUUGCAGGUGACUGUGAUGUCCAGUUCCCUGCUUUUUAUACAUCAUACUGAAGAAAGGCCUGUUCCUACUCACAGAUCCUCUACGCCAGUACGCUGCUUCUGUGUCAGUCGCCCGCCCUGGGGAGUGGAGAAGUCACACUUGUGCCUGUACCCCAGUGUCGUCGUUGCUCUCACAGUUCCCCCUCCUCUCGGGGUGUAAGGGGGGCGUCGGAAGAAGAGUCUGCUUGGUACUGGCCAGGGCUGCUGGCGGGUGGGCGGCCUGUCCUGCCGGGGCGGCACGCAGCGUACACCGCUCCUUCUCACCUUCUAACCUAGAGAAAUAGGUGCUAUCAACAAGGAAUUAAGCAAAAUGCUGGAUGCUGGAAAUCUUUUGUCUUAAUUUUUUUUCUAUUAUUAAACUACGGGCUGUAGAUUUCUUAGUUCUCACAGAACUUCUAUCAUUUUAAACUGACUUGUAUAUUUUAAAAAAAACCUUAAGUAGGAUGUUUUGUACUGUUGUCAGACCCUCCUCUGUGAUGGGUAAUGUGUUUGAUCAUUUGAGAUUUUCUGUUUUUAAAAAUGUAGCAGUUGAAUUUUUGCCAAGGAAAAAAUAAAUAUGACUCCAGUG